AUGGUGUUACCCACAAAAAAGUUUCUGGAAAAAGGUAAAACCCUCAACAGCAAGAUGUACAGCGAAAUGCUAGUCUGUGCUGAUGCUGAUAUCAAGGAAAAAUUUCAAACUAAGUUCCAGCACAAAAAUGCAAUCUUCCAUCAAGAUAAUGCAAGACCACAUGUGUCUUCAUUCACUGGCUUGACUCUGUACGGACUCCAAUGGGAUCUUUUGCCAUAUAGCCCUGACAUUGCUCCUUCAAAUUUGUACCUUUCUUCACACCUGCAGCUACAUCUUGCUGGUGUUAUCUUCCAUUCAGCACAGGAUGUCCGAAAUGAGAUUGAUCUGUUUUUGGGACUCACGGCCACCAAGUUUUUGGCCGAAGGCUUUGGAAAACUACCAAAACUUUAG